CAGCUGCCAGCGCCAUUUUGGGCUAAGCUUUUCUAUACUCGUCGAACGUAUGCGUUCGCGUCGCUGUCUCUCACUCGCUUAUUUGCUCGCGCUCGCUGUCAUUGCGUCUCAUUUGUUCGCGCUUAUCGGCACACGCUUUAAAAUGCCGUCGCUGCGUUUCGCUUAGUUCGUAGCAUACUUUUUAGUGUAACAUAUCAGACAAGAAUAACAACAGCAGCUGCUACUUGCAACAGCAACAACUGAAAACAUGUUUUGGAUCUUACGUCGCACAGGCGCCGCCAAUUUUUUCAACUCCCUCAACAACAAUUGCAGCUUCAGCAAAGGCAACGGCAAUGGUGGCGCCGGCGGCAGUGGCAACCACAGCAACAGCACCCAGGACAAAUAUGUGAAGCGGCCGCCACGCAAAGCUUACGGCAGGCUGAGCGCAGAGGCGGACGAUACCGUGUCACUGGGCCAUAAAAUCGAUGAUCCAUUCGAUGAGCUAGACGAUUUUGAAAUGCUGGCACCUGGUGCCGCCAGCAGCAGUAGCAAUGGCAAUAACCAUAACCACAACGGCAACGGCAACAACAACACGAACAGGAACAACAUCAAUGGCCAUGAGGAGGCCAAUGGCAAUGAGAAGGGCCUGCAGCUAUUGCCAUGUACGAAUGCCGAUUGCCAGGGAAACUUUGUGGUGGAGAACGCUUUAUGUGAGCUUGGCCUGUGCCAGACCAAAGGCAAAUCAUCAAAGGACCUGUCAACGUCUGCCAUGUCCAUGUCCACAUCCAGUAAACAGAUUAACGAAAGCACAAUAAGCCGCCUCCACGCACUGGCCAUGGCCGACGAUGAUGACGACUAUGAUGAAUCGCUAACCUGCAAUGUGUGUGAUCGCUCCUUCCAUUGCCAUCGGCAGCUGGCCUCGCAUCAGCAAAAGAAGCGACACUUUGGCUGCAGCGGCUGCGAUAGCUUGUUCCCCUCGCUGAUGCUGCUGGAGCACCACAAAGAGGAGUUCGAGCAUUGGAGCGACGAUGAAAUGGGGCGUCGUGUCUGCUGUCGACGCAAUCGCUGCGACGAUGACUACUUCACGGACACCGACUCGUACAUAAGCGAUGCGGAGAGUGAGGACCUCGAAAGGUUGUUGUAAACAUCCUAACAGCAGCAGGUGCAGCACACUGAUGAGUGGCACAGCUGUUGCCGUCGUUAGAAAAAAGCGUGUGAUGUCAAAGGCAAAGCCUUUGGGAGCUGGCGUUGUGCGGCGUCGAUUGUAAGGACUAAAAGCUGGGUUAAGAGCGCACCAGAAAUGGCCGUGAGUAUUGCGAGCAAAUGUGGCCGAUAAUGAAAAUAAAUUAAAGCAGCUGACAAACGGAGUCCGCGAACAAUGAGAAAUGUGCCGGCAACCUCUGCAGCAGAAAUUGGCAAACAAGUCGAAUAAAUUAUUUUCGAAGCAGCACAUUGUAUUAUUUUAAGAGUUUAACUGCAGACCUUUAGCAAAUGGUCUUAAAACAAAUAUGUACAUGAUAUUUAUAUAUAUAUGUAUAUGGUAUAUAUAUCGAACAGCUAGUUGCUUGUAUGCAGUGUGUUAAGAUACAUUUAAAAGCCCGAAACAAUGAAAUCAUAUCAUAUAAUGCAUAUGUGUCAACAAAACUGAAACUAUUUAUGUGCGAGUACGUAUGUGCAUGUGUAAUAUAUAU